AUGGAAGAUUCGAGUGCAAGUGCUGUGCUUUCAUCAUACUUCCUGAGUGAGCGGCUGAAUAUCCACGGGAAAAUUGGUUGUUUGCUGUGCAUCUUCGGUUCCACUGUUAUGGUGCUCCAUGCUCCGCAAGAGGAAGAGGUUGCUUCUCUGACUGCAAUGGCAGAGAAACUGAAAGAUCCAGGAUUCAUCGCUUUUGCUGUCUGCAUUGUCGUCAGCAGCCUGGCCCUGAUCUUCUUUGUCGCACCUCGCUACGGUCAGAAGAAUGUGCUGGUGUACAUCCUCAUCUGCUCUGUGAUUGGUUCGUUGUCUGUGUCGUGUGUGAAAGGCCUUGGCAUUGGGAUCAAAGAGCUGUUCGCUGGAACGGCCGUUCUGAAAGAGCCGCUGUUCUGGGCCCUUCUCAUAUGCCUUGUGAUCUGCAUCAGUAUCCAGAUAAGCUACCUUAAUAAAGCCCUUGACAUCUUCAACACUUCUAUAGUUACACCUAUUUACUAUUAUACAAUGAUAUAG